AAAUGUCCAGAUUUUGUCCUAAGAAUUCGCUAUGAUUAAGCAGUGCCAUAAGAGAAAUAGCCUGUUCCAGACGCCAAGAUAGUGUGGAAAGCGGAUCCAGAAAAGUUGCGCGAAAACCGCGUGGGGGGUUGGGGAGAGACGGAGUAGUAGCCUUUCCUUUCCUUCGUUCGCUAUUUCACUGCUCGCUCACUUUUUUCGCUCGUCUGCACUGACCGAGAUCCUGGCACAGGCUAUAAGAGCCAGAGCUUGAUUGCCGUAAUUUGAAUCUUCUCUCUCGAGGAUUUUAAAUUCGUACCAAGUGAGGUUUAACGAUUAACUUGAGGCCGCCGUUUCAGCGGAGUGACUUGAUUGGUGUGUAAACGGCCUCAUUGAGCGAAGUUUAUUUAUUUGUUGUGAAAGCUCUUCGAGAGCAUUUUCUGUCGGGAAUAGUUCAUACCGUAAUUCAAAAAAGAGGCUACCACUCUCCGAUUUUAAAGGUAGAUGAUGCGACUCGGUGUUGCCGUCGAUUGUCGCAUGUGAGUUUCAAAAAUUUGUAGCUUACGCAGCUCUUUCGGUGCCAAAAUUACAUACACUUUUGCUCGUGUAAUUCUGUUCGUGGUUGCAGUAUGUCGUAAGAUUUUCAAGCGCUUUUUUUAAAAAUCCCACGACAUCUUUUGUAUCAUACGUGAUACGCGUUAGGCAAUCAUCGCCUAAGUCGGAACUUGUCAUUCGACUUGAAGUUUAAUCCUUUAUACCCUAAGACCAAAAUUUGAAUUCUCAUUUGUUACCCCUAUUCAUUUCCUUUAGAAGUAGUGGGGAGAAGUUGAUAAGAUGUCAAGCAAAUUCAUCUUGUGUGAUCAUGUCCCUAAUUCUCAUGACCACUCUGUUUUACAAAGCAUUGAUAUUACAAGGAGAAAUUUAAUGCUGAUCACUCUCAGGGCUUAAAGGGUUAACGACAUGACGAUGGUAGAAAGGUGCACUUAGCCUACUAGUGCAUUUAUCAAUGAUUGUAAAAAAUUUUGCGAAUGAGACCUUGACCUCCACGAAAAAAAAUUGAAGCUUUCUGGAUAAUAUUGAUUGUUAUUUCCAUUACCGACUUAUUUAGCACUAGUAAUUUAUUUGUCGGAUUGUGCGAUGUAAUCAAUUGAAAUACUUCAAUAUGGUACAAAAUAAAUAUUUUCUAGUUCUUUGUACCAUAUGUCAUGUCACAGAGGCUAUGAACAGAUUCUAUAAUAUUCACUCGUAGUUCGGUCGGCUUGUAAGUUAUAAGCUUUUGUUCCUUGAUUUCUGGCCCAUCGGGCCUUCAAAAUAUAGGAAAAACAUGAAUAAAUUUUAGAGUUUUAU